GCCGCGGCGGGCGGUUGAACCCACGACUAACCGGGAGAGAUGACUUGAACAGCGGCUGGCAGGACAGCUUCCUACCGCUCUUUAACUUUUUUAUCUGACUAUAAUAUGAAAGAAGAAUCAACAUGUUCACACGGAAACUCUUAUUUUUACCCCAGCACCGAGUUUGUCAACUGUUGAGUACGUGAAGGCAUCAUGGCAAACGUUCAAGUUGCCAUUCGCGUCCGUCCUCUCAACGCACGGGAGAGUGCGGAUGGAGGAAGGCUAGCAGUGCAGGUGGAGGACAAGCUUGUGAGGAUCAAAAAUGCAAAGCUGGACGGACGUACAGACGGUGCUGUAGAUUCGAGGGAGAAGCUUCUGGAGUUCUGUUUUGACUACUGCUACUGGUCGGUGGACCCUGCAGAGCCUCACUAUGCCUCGCAGGAGGAGGUGUUCCAGGACCUGGGUGUGUCGGUGCUGUCCGGUGCCUCUGAGGGCUACAAUGUGUGUCUAUUUGCUUACGGCCAAACAGGAUCUGGAAAGACGUACACCAUGAUGGGGACACCGGACUCCAUUGGCUUGACCCCUCGGAUCUGUCAGGGUCUCUUUAGGUCUGAGGACACUUUUCCUGAUGGGCAAAACUCAAGCAGAGUGGAGAUCAGCUUCCUGGAGAUCUAUAACGAGCGCGUGCGGGACCUGCUGAGAGGAGGAGAGCAGAAGAAGAGAGCCUCCCUGAGAGUUAGAGAACACCCUGAGAAAGGACCGUAUGUACAAGACCUGUCACAGCACGUCGUCUCAGACUGCCAGCAGGCCAUGGACCUUUUGAAGGAAGGCAUCGCCAACCGCAUCACCGCAGCAACCCACAACCACGAUGCCAGCAGCAGAUCCCACGCCAUCUUCACCAUCCAGUACACACAGGCAAUCCUAGAAAACAACCUUCCUUCAGAAACAGUCAGCAAGAUCAACCUGGUGGAUUUGGCUGGGAGUGAGAGAGCAGACCCCCACUACUGCAGGGACAGACUCACAGAAGGCUCUAACAUCAACAAGUCGCUGGUCACUUUGGGCAUCGUCAUAUCUGCUCUUGCCCAGAACUCCCAGAUGUCCAGCAGCUGUCAGAGUAUCAACAGCAUGGCCUCUGAGGGCGAUGGCAGCACGGUGGGAAGCCACAGCAGCUCCCUGUCUGGAGGAGGAGGAGGAGGAGGGGGAGGGAGGAGGCACUGCUUCAUCCCCUACAGAGACUCAGUCUUAACAUGGCUGCUGAAAGACAGCCUGGGCGGAAACUCCAAGACCAUCAUGAUUGCAACCGUCUCGCCCUCUGCCAACAGUUACAACGAGACCCUCAGCACUCUGCGCUAUGCCGCCCAUGCCAGAAAUAUUGUCAACAAGCCCCGGAUUAAUGAGGAUGCCCAUGUUCGGCUGAUCAGGGAGCUGAGAGAGGAGAUUGACAGGCUGAAGAGCAUGCUGCUCAGCUUUGAAAUGCAGCGUAAUCCCAGUCCAUCCCUGAGCGAUGAGAGAGAUGGAAAUCUUUCUGACAUCGUGCUACAGAACGAACUAAAGGUGGAGCAGCUGACGAAGGACUGGUCGGAGAGCUGGAGAGACAAGAAGGAGCUGCUGGAGCAGUACAGCAUGGACAUCAACCGAGACCGGGCCGGAUUCCUCAUCAACUCCCUCCGACCACACCUGGUCACUCUGGAUGGAGAUGUUCUCAGCACCGGGGUCGUCUUCUAUCACCUCAGGGAAGGAGUUACCCACAUAGGACCUCAGGAACAGUUUGAAGAACCACAAAUAGUUCUGCAGGGCAGUGCCAGCUGUGAGAUUCAAAACCACGGCGGUGUGGUAACGCUCAGACCGCUGCCGGGCUGCGUCUGCCUGCUCAACGACAGAGAGGUCACUGAGCCCUGCAGACUGGCUCAAGGGACGGUGAUCACCUUGGGAGGAGUGCAUAAGUUCCGCUUCAACCACCCAGCCGAGGCAGCCGUCCUCCGGGAGCGCAGACGGGCAAGUGAAGGUGGCCUUACCUGCACCUACAAUGACCUUUGCCCCAUGACACCUGACCACAGUGUCAAAGAAGUGAAUCUCCAAGGCCAGCUGGGUGCCUGUCUCUCCCCCAGUGAGGAGCCUUCUGCUAGGCAGUGUGUGGAGGAGCAGCAGUGCUACGUGGAGAGUUUGCGACAGGAGAUUCAGGCUGAACAAAGAAGGGCUGAGAGAGAGCUGGAGAGGGAGCAGGCUCACCUCCGACAGCAGCACAGUGAGAUCCAGCAGUGGAUUUUGCAGGAGAAACGGCGCCUAACAACUGUAGAGCAGAGAAUCACCCAAGAAUCCGGACUUCAGGCAGACCUUAUAUCCCGCACUCCUCCUGGAGCGAGAGGCAAGUCCGGCGUCCGACUUUCAGGAAGGUCAGACAGUAGAUCGUCUGUCCCACGUCGUAAGGGCCAGGAAGAAGGCGGUGCAGGAGGAGCUACUAAAGCAUCACGCCCUUUGCCGUUCCGAUAGCCGCAUCCGCCGGAAAAAGUUGCACUACCAGCUGGAGAGAAUCGCCCGCAAGCGGCAUCUUUUGGAAGCAAAGAGGGAGUUGCAGCGGCUGGAAAGAGCCCUGCCUCCGGGACCUGACAGCCCAGAGACCCCUGAGCUGGGGUCCCCCACAAAGCUCAGGGGAAGACCGUUUGGUUCUCGUAGACACUCCUUCUCAGCAGAUCUUCUGUCCCGGCUCUACCCACAGAACACCCCUAUCUUCAGACACUUCCUAAAGAGAAACCGAUCCAUAGAACGGACGUCAAAUUCCCCCACAACCUUUGAUUCCAUUGGCAGUAGGGAGUGGGUUUCGGAUGAGUGUCUUCCUCGGGAAAGAACCCAGAGUUGUUCCGGUAAGCUCUUCUCAGGACAAAGUCAAGCCUGCCGGAGUAGAGUUGGCUCCUCUGAAAACCUCACACUAACUGCCAAAGAGGAGCCCCAAGCUCAGCGCUGUAGGGAACGACCGGAAAGAAAACCUCUGCUUCCAAACCGAGAUCCUGACAUUUAAGAACAGAUCGGAUCAGAACUCCGUGGUUAAUCUUAAGUCGCCACUUGGAACUACUUUGCAGCCAGUCAGCAAAGAAAAUAUACACGGACGCACAGCACGCAACACUGAGAUUGUCCCUUGCAUGAAUGUGAUAACGCAGCCCCAUGCAGGUAACAGACUGGAAACCAUCAGGAAGACUUUCUCUCAUUCUGUGGGGCCAAGGUUAAAAACGGCUCUCUCCAAAGUUUUCAAGAAGCCACCAUCAGGUGUAAAUGGAGGACCAGGCCCCAAACGUCUGGGCAGGAUAGCAAGCAGAUUUCACUGGAGACAAAGAAGAGACGGGAACCUUAAAGGUGCGAAGAUGAGCCGAAGCAAAUGUGCUCUUAAAACAGCCGUCUCGUGUGAGGAGCUUGACCAAAACACUCUGUUUGAGGACGUUAAAGAGAGGCGGUGGCAUAGCACCGAGGCUCUGAUGAGCAAGACCAGCAGUUGGGUGGAGAGACAGCAGGGAUUGAUAGGAUGGGAGGAAGAACAAGAAGACGAGGAAGAAGGAACGUCAGACUGCGAGAGCCUUUUCUCUCUCGAUUCGCUAUCCUCUGCUUAUGUGACAGCCCUCACGGAGCAGCUGAGACACGAGGAAGCAGCUCAGAGUGAAGCGGACAGCGAAGACAGUCAGAUGUCUAAAGAUUCAUUAGCUGUGGAAGGCAGUGGUAAAUACUUAACAGUGGAGAAACUUAGCCAAACAGUGGUGCCAACUUACACAUUGGUGACCGAUUGCUCCCAUUCAUCAAUGCAGCACAGUAGAAAAGCAGAGAUGAGAUUGGACUGCGGACAGCCAUCAGAAUCCUCAGGUGAUCCCAGCAGAGGCGUAUUGGAGCCAGCAAGGCUCCGUAAAAUCAAGACUGGAUGCAACAAGGAAGCCUCCUUCACAAAACCCAUCAGUAGCAGAUUCCAGAGGCAGAGACGGUGUCCACAAAUUGAUCGAGGACUUUGGGAACAUGCAGACCACUUCAACCAACAGCCUACGCUCCCUGAGCAGCUGCAGUGUGAGGGAGCCUGAAAGCAUGCUGGCUCUUACCGAUGCUUGGUCCUCCAUCCGACGCAGCAGACAGUCCCAGGAUUACCAGGGAUUCUCCGCCUUUCCAAAGAAAAAUUCUGUUCAGAGGUGAAGAGAGGAGCAGCAGCAGUCCAAGUCCAACCAGUAUGAACCAGAGUGGGUUCAGAAGCUAUAGCUCAACAUCCACCAGCACUGAGGCUGUAAAUGUAACCGUGCAAGAACACAGUCUUGAAGUUUCAAGGGGCACAUCAGAAACAUUCGAUUUCCAAGAAUCUCAGGUUCUCACCACACCAGAUGAAGCCCUGAAGCGUCUAGCGUGUGGUGUAGAGCAAUCAGAGGGACAAGUAGAACAUAUCAGGAAGGCAGUUAUAGAUACUCCAGACUACAGCAGCAUCCAAAGUCCAGCAUCCUUAGUAACUUUAGAUCGAACCGCUUGUGUGUCACCCACUGAGAUCCAAUACACUAAACAAGCGGCACAAGUGAAAAAGGUGUUUACAGAUUUACCUGACAUGGUGGCCGCCGACACUACAAUGUCCUCUGACACAGAAACGUGUGCGUCAGGUUGUCAAUCAGUAAUGCAUCGCUCUACAAGUCCUACUAACCAAGGUCGAGAAUUGAGCAAGAUGUCUGACGCUGCAAGUGCCUUCAAACCGUCUACCGAAGAUGAAGUACUAGACGGUGCAACAGAAAAGUUGAAAAAUAUUCAACAAUAUGAUUUUGGGAACACCAAAUGCAUAUCUUUUACAGCGGACAUAAUGUUGGCUGAGGCUGAAACCAAAGGCACUGAGCAGUACAUUGCACUACAGCAGGAACUUGUUAAAUCAGCUUGUAAAUAUUCCAGGAAGAGGAUCAAAGACAAACAGGAUGCUUUCAUGGGCAACCUGAAAAUUCCAAAAAGGAGCAAUGGCAGAGAGUUGGUAACUUUCUGCUCUGCACCAGUUGGCAGCCAGGAAGAUAUUUGGCCCGAUGGCAAUAAUAACACCAGUGACUCAAAAGGGGAACAAUCUGCCGCGGAAGCUGACAGCCCCGGAUUUGAUUCUGUUUGUAUUGAUGGCAGCGUAAUACAGGACACAGGGGCUUCAGAGGUGUUGCCAGUUUCUGAUCCUUUGAGCAGGAAACUUGGACGUAUUCUUGAGGACUCUGAAUGUGCUGACAAAAGUCCACAGAGUGGUACCUCUGCGGGGGAGAGGGAAGUAGUUGAAAAGGAAGAUGUAACAAUGAAAGAAGUAGCUGCAGAAACAAAAGGUGGGGAAUCACAAGUUGAUAACCCCAGAAAACAUCAAGAAAGAAGAAAACACAUAUGCAAGUCAGAUGCUAUUUGUAGCGCUAUUGACCUGAGAAUAUCAGAAGUGGUCAAAGAGCACAUGAGACUGUCAUUGAUUGGCAGCGGUGAUGACAGGAAGAGCAGAAGUCAAAGCAUGAAUGCCUUGUCACACUCUGCAUGUCAUUUUGGCUGUAAUAGUGAUGGAAAUAGAUGGACAGAAAGAGAGCUGAGAGAUAAAAUUAGUGACAAGGGGAAAGAAGGAGCAAUCCUUGAUGAACGUAGCUCACUGGAAAGGAAGACGUGUGAAAACGUGGGGGACAACAAGGAGCACCUUGCGUCAGAUCUGCCAGCCGAAUUGAGGACUAGCCAUGAGCGCAACAUGGUUAAAUCUACUGAAGUAACACAGAAGAUUGACCAAGCUCACAACUUCUCUGUUGUGACACCAAACAAGCCAAUAAUAGAUCAUAGUGUUUUCAAAAAGUCCUCUGCCAAAAACAACAAUUUCCAAUCAAAUCUGUCAAUCAACGGAGAUCACAGAGAGUCUGAGCACUCGUGCAACCCCACGCUGCAACCAAUUAGUUUGUCCUCGAUGACUGAUUCCUCCAUUGAUUCUCAAGGAAACGCUGUGGAGAAAGAUGCUUUGUGUCCAGAAAUGAAUGAUUCGGGUAAACAAAAAGUAACAUCCCAUCUUAUUCCAGUCAUCAGUGACGCAUACUUGAAUAAAAUGGACACUCGGAGCAGUCUGAUUGUGAAUCCCGCAUUUCACCAAAUAACCCAUGAAGCCUCUUCCGCCAUGGGUGAUUCAAAAGAAAACUGUGGCUGUAAUCAUGUAAAGGAUGUCAGUAUGCGAGCCACAUCCAGUAUUGAAGAUAAAGACGGUUAUUUGUACAAACGGAACUCACAAAGGACAAUUCAACAACACUUCAAAAAUAAUCCUGAUACAUCUGGAACCAAAAAAUUAUCAUCUGACAGACGUCACAGCAGCCAGAACACACCCACUGUUGAAAAUGCAUCGAUGAAAGGGUUGGCAGUUUCUCCUGUCCGUGAUGGAAAUGGUGAAACAUUCAACACAACAGGGGGUAAACCUUGUGUCACAGCAGAGGAUGACAGCAGCUGUCCACAGACUCCUGCUAAUAACUUGUCUCAGACCUGUGUGGUCAACAUGAAUUACAACAACAAAUGCCAAAAUGUAUCAAACUCACUGUGCAAACAAGACUGCGUAAUGAAAAAUGACAAAGAGACAUUGACUCCAAAGAUGUUUGCAGAGUCAAAAUAUGAAGUAAGUAUUUCUGGUUCUAUGCAGCCACAACACAAAAUACCACAGGCGAUCGCCGUCAGGAAUACAAGCUGCUAUGGAGCUGCGAUGUCCAAACAGGUUGAGCUCAACACACCUGGUGAUACACAGGAUCAUUCUGCUCUUAUGUCUAAAAAGGCCAAGUCUAAGAGGUUCAGAAAGACUAAGAUCCAGACUCAUCCCAGCUCUUCCUCU